AAAUCCUGAAUGGGUCAAAGGAACACUGCCUUUUCCCCGAGAUUACGGGAGAGUCCCGGAGAAUAAUGGCGGUGGCAAAGACCCUCCUUGCAUUCCUUCCCUUCACCCCUGGGCACAAGAUAGAAAGGCCCAGGACGUCUGCUAGAUUACCUCGUUGCUGUCACUGCGUACUUCAUCUAGGCCCUAAGGUUGUCUCUUUCCUGCGCCUGCCUUUGCUUCUUGAUUGCCCAGCAAGGCCGGUAUUAUGGAGGACCUGACCUUCAGAGAGGAGUCUUCGUCCAAUUCAUCGGCCGACCUCGAUGCCUCGCGAGUCCCGUCGAUCAUCGUCUGCAACACGGUGCUGAUGGUAAUUGCGAGCUUUGGGGUGCUGGUGCGGGUCUUCGUGCGGACGCAGUAUCUCUCUGGACUUGGGGCCGAUGAUUAUUUGUGCAUAGUGAGCUGGGCUUUUACACUCGCGCUAUGCAUUCUUUGCAUCUUAAUGACCGACUAUGGCUUCGGGCGACACAUCGCGACGGUCAAAAGCGAUGCCACCCUGACGAUGUUCCUGAAGCUCGACUUCGCUACCAUGAUCGCCUACCUGAUCGCUCUGGGCACCGUCAAGUGCUCCUUCUGUGUUCUAUACCUCCAGAUCUUCCCGGGGAAAACAUUUCGAAUUGUCUGCUGGAGCCUGUUCGCCCUGCUGGUAGCAGAGACGAUCGAGGAGUGCCUGGUCGUCGUCUUCCAGUGCACCCCGAUCCACAAGGCCUGGGAUCCCACCGGCAUGGUCCCGGGGAAAUGCUUGCAGCUGACCGCAUUCUACUACAUCUCCUUUGGCAUCAGACUGGCAACCGACUUGACCAUUUUUGCCCUCCCGAUCCCGAAACUGGUGCAAUUGAACAUGACCCGAGGCAAACGCGCGGGCUUGGUGGUUAUGUUCGGCCUGGGAGUCCUGGUCUCUGUGACGAGUAUCAUCCGGGCAACUUAUAUCAGUAAUUUCUCGCUGGAUCACACGUGGACGCUGGUGAACCCACUUAACUGGUCCAGUGUGGAGGUGGCCGUGGCCAUCUUCAUUGCCUGCAUUCCCUCGUUCAAGAGUCUCAUCACCUUCCGCUUCCCCGCCCUGCAGCGCCUGCUGGGGCUGUCCAGCAAGGGCGACUCGACCGGUCGAUCGCGCAUGUACGGCACCUCGGGCCGGCGCACGACGCAGGGACGGUCGCUGGCCCAUCAGAGCAUCAAGCUGGACACGGUGACGGGCGAGAGCCGGGCGGAUAUCGAGGCCAGUCUGACGGGCUCGGAGGAGCGGAUCUUCCCUGUCGCGGGCAUCCAGAUCACGACCCAUGUGAGCGUGAAUCAGAGUGACUGAGAUGCUGGUCGUUGCCUCCCCCCAUUUCCUUUGUGCCACCUGUCCCCUCCAUCCCUCUACACACCACACUGUAGUCUACGAUAAUAAUGCCACGCCUAUUGAACUGAGAUGCACGGAAGAGCGACAGAUCGACUAGUUACAUACCAAACACGGUCACUGGAU